GUUUCUGAAAAGUCCUGCUGCACAGGAAGCAUGUGAUCAUCUCACUAAAGUUCUGGGUACAAGUCCAUUACUUCUGACAGAACUGGAUCUGAGUAAAGAUAAAUUAGGAGAUCUGGAUGGAGAGAAACUCUCUGCUCUUUUGAUGGACUCUCAUAGCAAACUGGAGAAAAUGAAGCUGAAUAAUUGUGAGCUGACAGAGAAAAGCUGUUCAGUUCUAGCUACUGUUCUCUCCUCCAAAACCAUCCUGAAAGAGAUGAACCUGAACAACAGUCGUCUGCUGGACUCAGGAGUCAAAGAGAUCUGUGAGGGACUGAAGAAUCCUGUGUGUGAGCUGAAGAUACUCAAACUUUCAGACUGCAGUAUCACUGAAGAAGGUUAUAAAGCUCUGGCUUCAGCUCUGAGAUCAAACCCUUCACACCUGAUAGAGCUGGAUCUCACAGGAAAUGAUCCUGGACAAUCAGGAGUGAAGCAGCUCAGUGAUUUACUACAGGAUCCAAACUGUCAACUGAAGACACUGAGGUUUUUGGGUCCUGCUGCAGGUGAAGCCUGUAAAUAUCUGAAUGAAGUUCUUCAGUUUAAAAACCCGUUACUCCUGAGAAAGCUGAAUCUGAGUGGACGUGAACUAGGAGACACACGAGUGAAUCAGAUCUCUGCUCUACUGCAGGAUAAACACUGUAAACUCAGCACACUGAUGUUGAAGAAUAACAGUAUUACAGAAGAAGGUUGUGCUACUCUAAUUUCAGCUUUUAAUUCAAAUCCUUCAAACCUGAUAGAGCUGGAUCUGAGUGGAAAUAAAUUAGGAUGCCUAGGAAUGGAGAAAAUCUGUCUUUUGUUGAAAAAUCCUCAAUGCAAAUUUGAGAAACUGAAGCUGGAUCUCACAGGAAAUGAUCCUGGACAAUCAGGAGUGAAGCAGCUCAAUGAUUUACUACAGGAUAAACGCUGUAAAUUGACCAUCAGGUUUUUGAAAAGUCCUGCUGCAGAGAAAGCGUGUGAGUAUCUCACUAAAGUACUGCAAAUAAGUCCAUUACUUCUGACAGAACUGGAUCUGAGUGAAGAUAAAUUAGGAGAUCUGGAUGGGGAGAAGCUCUCUGCUCUUUUGAUAGACUCUCAUAGCAAACUGGAGACAAUGAAGCUGAAUAAUUGUAAGCGGACAGAGAAAAGCUGUCAAGUUCUAGCUACUGUUCUCUCUUCCAAAACCAUCCUGAAAGAGAUGAACCUGAACAACAGCCGUCUGCUGAACUCAGGAGUCAAAGAGAUCUGUGAGGGACUGAAGAAUCCUGUGUGUGAGCUGAAGAUACUCAA